GGAGACGAAAGUCCACCCUACAUAAUGCCAGAAAUUGUUUUAUCUGGCAACGAAUACGUCAAUAGCGGUGACACAAUACGACUGAUAUGCAAUGUAACCGGAAAUACAGAAAUACCUCAGGACGUCGAUUGGUUCAAAGAUGGCGUUUUAUUGCGGCCUUUUAGUUCUUCAAAAAUUAACGUGAAAAAAGAUGUGUCAAUUACUCGAAGACAGUUGGACAGUAUUUUAGAAAUACGCAAUAGUAAUUUAGAUGACGAUGGUUUAUAUAUAUGCAGGAAUUCAGAAAAACUUAUAGCAAGUCUGAAAGUGAAUAUCUUAAACGGUAUGUAGAUGUUUUUAUUCUGUGAUAAAUAGAAAUUGCAAAUA